AUGGCGCCUAAACAGCUUAAGCUUACUAGCCUUUUACCCAAGCUCGACACCAAUGCUCCCAUUGAGCUCAGGGCAGGCAUUACCAGCGUUCGAGUGGUGCCGGAGGUUGAGGCUGCAAGGACUGAGCAUGAGAAGGCACAUGCCGAUGAGAGGAUUGCAAAGCUUGCUGAAGCGGACGCUGAGGCCGGCAAGGCCAUCAUUGAGCAGGCCACGGCUCCUGGACACCAGCCAGUUGGCAGGCCCAGCAAUGCCAAGCCUUCCCUCGCGUCGCUGCUGCGCUGUUUGACCGGCGAACCGCUUCCCGUCCCUGAGCCCGCACCGACUCCGAAGAACAAGAACAAGCGGGCUAAGGUGGCGCCUGUGCGUGGCAACUACGAAAAGCGCAGCGAUGAGAUCAAGUGGAUUGUCUGCCAGGAAAUCGACAAGUGCGGUGGCAACAUCCAGACCGCCAUCGACCAGCUGGCAGCCGAGAUGGAGGUGACCUUCAAGAAGCCAGUCGCGCACACCACCGCGUCCAACUGGUACAAGAGGUGGCUGGCAACUGACCACAAGGCCUUCAACGGCAACACAGUGUGCAACACGUGGUCGGUCUCGCUCCCUCUGGCCAUCUACGCCUUCGUAAAGCAGUGGAUCCUGGAGCUCAUUGACACUGGCUCCCAGGUGAACUCGGCGACGCUGCGGCCGUACAUCACCGCUGAGCUCAAGUGUAAGGGCUAUGGCUUCCUUCUUGCUGAUGCCCCUGGUGGUGCCGGCAUGUUCAAGGUGAGCCGGUCCUGGAUCCGCAAGGUGUGCCGCCAGAUGAACCUGUCGCACCGCACCGCCACGUCUGCUGCCCAGAAGCUGCCAGAUCAGUGGGAGCAGGUGGCAUACCUGACCUGGAAGCACAAGAUCCCGCCCCAGCUGGUGAUUAACGGUGACCAGACGGGCUGCAACAUGUUCCCCGCCAGCCGCAACACCUAUGCCCGGAUCGGAACACGCCACGUGUGGGCGCUGGGGCUUGAGGACAAGUGGCAGAUUACGGUCAUGGUGGCCUGCUCUGCAUUGUGGUCAGUUGCCAGCCACCUCUUGUACCAGUUGGACGCGGUGGUGUGCACGACUGGCUUCUUGAAGGUCACCUCCAUCUCGGCUGCCAGCUGGUCGAUGGCGGUCUGGAUCUGCAGGUGUGAAGGGAAGCGUGACAACAUCAGGCAUGCACUGCAUGGGAGUUCACGGUGUGCACCAGUAAAUUCCGGGCCCCUGACUGACGUUGCCACCGCACUUGUCGAUUUCCUGGCAGACAAUCCACUUGAUCUCAUCGCUGCGCUUUUCGUAGUUGCCACGCACAGGCGCCACCUUAGCCCACUUGUUCUUGUUCUUCGGAGUCGGUGCAGGCUCAGGGACGGGAAGCGGUUUGCCGGUCAAACAGCGCAGCAGCGACGCGAGGGAAGGCUUGGCAUUGCUGGGCCUGCCAACUGGCUGGUGUCCAGGAGCCAUGGCCUGCUCAAUGAUGGCCUUGCCGGCCUCAGCGUCCGCUUCAGCAAGCUUUGCAAUCCCCUCAUCGGCAUGUGCCUUCUCAUGCUCAGUCCUUGCAGCCUCAACCUCCGGCACCACUCGAACGCUGGUAAUGCCUGCCCUGAGCUCAAUGGGAGCAUUGGUGUCGAGCUUGGGUAA